GCCAUUUUCCCUGCCUUCUUCUCCUCUCGCGCGCAGCUUCCUUCUCUGUUCAUGGCACACGGCAGCAGCACCUCCCAUGGCACCGGCGAAGCUCCAGCUCCAAGCUCCCUGCACCCUCCUCCCCUUCUUCCUCAAGCAAGCGUCGCCCUCCCCAUGCUCCUGAGUGCGCAGGGCAGAGCAAGUUCAGUAUCCUUGGAUCUAUGGCGCCAGCAGAGCAGCCAUGGCCGAGCUCUCUGAUGUUUGCUCCAUGGCCGCCAGCAACCUCCCCAUGGCCGAGAACUUGACGCCGUCCAGCUUCAAUCCAAGUUCCCUGCGCCUUCAUCCAUGGCGCGACGCCCUCUGCCUUUCUCCCUGGGCACCUGGACGCGCGCACCACUCCUCUGGCUCGCCUCCCUUCAGGCACGGCCAGCUGCAGCCCGCGCUCCACCUCCCAUGGUGCCCAGAAAUUCCAGCAGACCAUCCUCCUUCCCCCAAACAGCGGCAGCUCGCCCCACCUCCCCUCGCUGCGCAGCCCCUCGGCGAGACGCCGCUGUUCCUGCAGCGGAUCCCCGACGCCCUCCCCUGCUCCUCCUCUCUUCCCCACAAAACAGCAGCCGCAGCGAGCUCGCUGUCGUCCAUGGCGAGCAGCCUCCCUCGAUGCGCAGGAGCUCUUCUUCCUCCCAAGGACAGCGCCCCUAUUUCCCUCUCCCGGCAGCGCAGCGCCCCGCAACCAAGUUUUCCCUGCAGCCCCACCAAAUCGACGCGCCGUAGGUGCUCGACAAAAUGUGCAGCAAGCCGCGUGCUGCCGGCUCACUGUUCCGUGAAGCACAGUGGACAGCACGCCGUCGACACUCGCCGGUUGUACGCUGUUUUUGGCGCAGCCCCGCUCGCGACAUCGUCGACCCCCGCUAGCCGUCAAUGCCAACCGUCGUGCACGCGUGUUCGAUACAAGGCCGGUCGGGUGAACCACAUGCAUGCCCAACUCCGAUCCGAUCUCGUUCAGGUUGAUUGAUUUAUAAUAAUACAUAUGCUUUGGUUGAUGUCGGGCAGUGCAUGUAUAUAUGUGGAUGUGUGUAAUAUGUUUCGGCUAUACGCGUUGGUAGGAUCGCAUUUGCGGUUAGAGAACAAGAGAUUAAUUGAUAUGCGCGAUUUGUAGUUGUCUAAUUAUGUUUUGGUCGAUGAUGUGCAUGUGGUUAUAUGUGUGUGAAAGUAUAAUCGUAUGAAUGGACGCGUGUAGGGAAGAAAAUGAAAUAGAAAAGAACUCGGGUAUUUUUAUUUCGAUAAGAAAAUAUGCGAUGCGUUGUUUGAUGCGAAAACUAAGUUACAAAAUGUGGAUUUUGUUUUGGGAAACGCAUCGAUAUGUGCUUAUGUGAAAAGUGUGUUUGUUUUAAGCAAUGUGAUGGGAUUCUUAAUUUUAGAGGGGAUAUAUUUAUUGAUGUGACGAGUAGUUUAGAGAAUGCUAAUUUGCGUAGAGGAUGUAUCGUUAAGACAUGAGUGUCGGAGUUCA